AUGCUGCGCCGGAGGAUGGGGUACUCGGACCCCACGUCGAGUAAGGACCUGCUCGGCAAUAGGUCUCUUUGUUUUAUCUUUAUCUGUGCAUUUGGACUGGUCACUCUAUUGCAACAAAUACUCUAUGGAAAAAACUACAUUAAGAGUGCACAACAGUUUAGCAGACUCAAAGGCGACGAAACGGGGAAUUGGAGCGGUCCCAUUAAUUUCUCGGAUGACGGAUCUCUGAAGCCGGCCAGAAAUGGGAAGAAAAGAUGUUUCCGUCAGAAUUUUCAGCCUGAUUCACAGAGCUCCAUAAUAGUCGCACCCUGCCUAGCUGAUAUUAAGAAGAAAAAAAAACGCUCUCACAGGUAUUUGGACUCCUACAAAGGGGCCUAUGAAUACAACUCCACUGCCUGCAAAGAGUUCAGGCAGGACAUUAUGGACGUUAAGGUCCUGACAAUGGUGAAAACUUCAGAUCUCUUUGAGAGGUGGAGGAACCUGCAGGUUUGCACGUGGGAACAGAAUAAAAUGGAGACUGACAACUUCAAGGCGUCUCUGUCCCGGUGCUGUAAUGCUCCCUCCUUCCUGUUCACCACCAAGAGGAACACGCCUGCAGGGGCCAAGCUGAGGUACGAGGUGGACACCAGCGGCAUCCUGCCCGUCACAACCGAGGUCUUCAAGAUGUUCCCAGAUGAUAUGCCAUACAACAAAUCCCAAUAUAAGAAAUGCGCUGUCAUUGGAAAUGGAGGCAUCAUCAAGAACAGCAAAUGUGGGAAAGAGAUCGACUCAGCAGACUUUGUGUUCAGAUGCAAUAUACCACCUAUCAACGAUAAGUACUCAGCAGAUGUCGGCACUAAAACGGAUCUUGUGACAAUUAAUCCAAGCAUAAUUACAGAGAGGUUCCAGAAGCUGGAGAAGUGGCGGCGGCCGUUCUACGAGGUCCUCCAGAACUACGAGAACUCCUCGGUGGUGCUGCCGGCGUUCUACAACACGCGCAACACCGACGUCUCAUUCCGCGUCAAGUACAUGCUGGACGACUUUGACUCCCAGCGUGGCGUGUUCUUCUUCCACCCCCAGUACCUGCUCAACGUGCAGCGCUUCUGGGCGGUGCAGGGCGUGCGGGCCAAGCGCCUCAGCAGCGGGCUGAUGCUGGUGACCGCCGCCCUGGAGAUGUGCGAGGAGGUCCACCUCUACGGCUUCUGGGCCUUCCCCAUGAACCCCUUAGGCAUCUACAUCACUCACCACUACUACGACAAUGUCAAGCCACGGCCCGGCUUCCACGCAAUGCCCCACGAGAUCUUUAACUUCCUGCACAUGCACACGCGCGGGAUCGUCAACGUUCAUACAGGGCAAUGCAGGUGAUCGCCCCCGAC